AUGUCGUCUGUUUUUGAACGUAAGUUUCUCCACUUCAGGAAAAAAUCUAGAAUACAAAUUUGUAGCAACGAGAACGAAUAUUGACAAAUUUCUGGAUCGUUUAAUGAAUAUCGGCCGCCUUGGUACUGGUUUUACAACAACUAUCGAAGAAACUGAAAUCAUGGAUUUGUGUCAUGAGGCAAUUCAGAUGUUUAUGAAACAACCAGUGUUUAUCGAAGCAAAACCGCCAAUUCAAGUGGUCGGAGAUAUCCAUGGACAAUUUGGUGAUCUUAUGCGUCUCUUCAAUUCCUGUGGUUUUCCACCAGAACAAAAUUAUCUUUUUCUUGGAGAUUAUAUUGAUCGCGGACAAUUCAGCGUGGAAACUAUUCUGCUAUUGAUUUGUAUCAAAAUGAAAUAUCCGGAGAACUUCAUCUUACUUCGCGGAAAUCAUGAGACAAAAUUGGUGAAUCGAAUCUAUGGAUUCUAUGAUGAUAUUAAUAAGAGAUUUGGAACUCCAAGAUUGUAUGAAUCAUUUAGUGAUGUAUUUCAAGUUAUGCCAUUGAGUUGUUUGAUUGGGAAACGUAUACUUUGUAUGCACGGCGGGUUAUCGAGUGAGUUGCUUAAUGCGCAGAGUUUGGAUAUUUUGGACAAGUUCACUCGCCCGUUCCCUGAUCCACCUAAUCCAUCACUUGGUAUUGAUUUACUUUGGUCGGAUCCAGAUGUCAAUACGAAAGGUUUCAAGCAAAAUAUCAGGUUUGUUAAAAGGGCUGGAACUUUCUGAAGGAAAAUAUUUAUUCAUCUCUGAUUUUGAAAUAUUUCCGGUCAACAUUGAAUGAAAUAGGAAGUUGUUUUUUGAUUUUCAAGCUUCCGAGUUAUAAAAAACCAAAUUUUCUGAUAAACAUUUUUUGGAAUCCCGAAAAAAUGUUUCAAAAAAUGAGAAAACCACGUGGCACAUUUCAAUUUUCAGAAAAAUUCCCGGAAAUUUUCUAACAAAAUUCAUAAUAAAUUUUAUUUUCAGAGGAUGCAGUUGCACAUUCGGUCCAGAAAUUGUCACCCAAAUCUGCGAAAAAUUCAAGCUCGACCUAAUCGUUCGCGCUCAUCAAGUCGUCCAAGAUGGCUACGAAUUUUUCGCCAACAAAAAACUCGUCACCCUAUUCUCGGCUCCUCAUUAUUGCGGACAAUUUGACAAUGCGGCUGCGGUUAUGAAAAUUGAUGAGAAUAUGGUGUGCUCUUUCAAAAUUCUUCGCCCCGAAUUCCCAAAUCAGAAACCAACUCAAUGUGCCAGCACAAUCACAAUUCUCGCUCCUCCACCACCAUCUUCAUAA